AUGACGACCAUAUCCGACCUGCCAGAAGAUUUGGUAGGAGAGAUCUUUUCUUGGGUUCCAUUGACAUCUCUAAGCGCAGUGCGAUCUACUUGUAAGAAGUGGGAAGCUUUAUCAAAAAUUCACAUCGUUGGUAAAAAAGCAGCAUCAAGGAGUCGUCAUCAGUUUCUGGAGUUCAUGGUUUCAGAUUCUAGGGUUUUUUCUUUGAGAUUCGAUGUCCAAGGAAUCCGCAACGAAGACGACGAGUUGAGUGAUCCAUCUAUGAAGCAAAUUAAUAUACCUAAUACUGAUCAAGUCGAGUUAUCUCAAGUCUAUCACUGCGAUGGCUUAUUGUUAUGCGUCGCCGAACACAACUCGAGCCUCGUUGUAUGGAAUCCGUACUUGGGGCAAACCAAAUGGAUUCAACUCAGAAACAAAUUCAACAGACGUGACAUUUUUGCUCUCGGAUACGACAACAAUCAUAACCACAAAAUCUUGAGGUUUCUUGGUGAUGGCGAGAGAAGCAGACGCAAUCAAAGAAGGGACACUCAUGUCUACGAUUUUAGCUCUGAUUCAUGGAGGGUUCUUGAUGUCAAUCCGGACGGGGAUGCACCGUUUGAUUACAUUGGUGUAUCCUUGAAGGGAAAUUCUUACUUCUUGGGUCGAGAGAUAUUUGGACCUCGUUUGCCUCUGCCGUUUGACCAUGAUCCCUCUCCUAAUCUUAAAUAUAUGACUCUAUCUUGGGUUAGAGAUGAGAAGCUCGCUGUAUUAAAUAGCCACUCCGACACAUUUCAGAUAUGCGAUAUUUGUGUUUCGACUAAGAUUGAGCCCAAUGCGGUAUCUUGGAGCACUUUUUUUACAGUGGAUAUGUCACCAGUCAAUGGUUUUCUAAAUGGGUUGUCGACUUACUUUCCCCCUAGGAGCUUCUUCAUUGACGAGGAGAAGAAAGUAGCAGUGUUUUUUAAUAACAGUAGGACCAAGACCUAUACCUAUCGCUACCAAAUGGCUUACAUCGUUGGAGAUGAUGGAUACUUCAAAUCUGUCAACAUCGGAGAAUUUUCAAAUUCCAUAUGGAACCCAGGCAAACUUGCGUGCUCUUCUUAUGUUCCAAGUUUAGUGCAACUGCAAGUUUAGUCCUUUUUUAUUACUUUUAUUUGUUUCUUUCUU